AACACACAAAAAUAAAUGAAAACAGUACAACGCUGCAUUACACACACGCCAGCUCAGGUAUGAAUGUGUACAUACGCGUACAUACCAUGGGCGUAGUCUUGAUUACAUUUGUAAUAAUUACAACUGAUUGCACGUCCAAAGCAAAUACGCUAACUAAACGAUCAAGUGUUUAAUAGCGACAAGUCAAAACCACAUUUCUAUGAUGAACCCCUUCUGCAUGACCGACUACGCCCUUGGUACAUACGCUGUUCGUUGAGUUGGCGAAGCCGACUACGAAUGAACGAAACAAAAACGAUGAAAGACAGAACAGACGGCGAUGAAAUCGAAACGAAAACCGUAUGUAUGAGGGUAUGUGUGCGGUGAGGGACGGGAGAGAACAACGCGCCUGUUGCAAAAUUUCAGUGCUGCACUCUCAUUCGUGACGAAAGGAUGUACGCCCGGUUGUAGUCGAAUGAAUCCGUGUACAUCAUCGCCCCCACAGAUGCCACGUGGCUCUGGAUCCGUGGAAAACUCAAAUCUGGAAUCUCACGGCCUGCAACUGCUCGAGAUGGCUGGAAAGGAGGACUACGAGGAUCUGCGCGACCUUCUGCAGUCGUGGGACGUCGCCGAUCUGCUGCCCCACCUGCAAGAUGAAGCCAUUAACGUGGACGAGCUGCAGAUGAUCAAACGUCAUCAUCUGUCCGAGUUGCUGCGAAACUUUCGCUUUGGAACCCGCAUUCGCUUCGAGCAUCACUUGGAGCGCUGGCGCCGCUGGCUGAACGUACCGCUCCAGGGUGCCCAGGGCCAGGGGUCGAGUCACUGCUCCGGCUGCCGCUGUCCGGAGAUUCAGGGCCAGUCGCGUUGCCAGGAGCAGUCGCCGUUGCCCAUGGAACAGCCGUCAGAGCAGGAUGAAUUGCACAAACCUGAAGAUCUGGCAAAGACAAUACCAGCAGAAUCGCUGGUGGCCCUUAGUGAUCCCAGGGAAAUGCCAGUUCCGUUUCCAUUGCCCUUGGUUCAUCCGCCUGCGGAGAUAACCAACGACAUAAUGAUGGUCAAACAGGAGCUGAUGCCAAUGCAGCAAACUAGGACGUCUGAAGCUGUACUGGUGGCUGGGUCUUCAGGAGGAACCUCAGGCAGCAAGGAGGAUGCCACUGCCGCUCCUGACCAAGAAGUUAGCAUUUUGGGCAUUCUGCGAUCCUCGGGUAUGAAGGCACAGAGCUUGCUGGAGCGUAUUGGCCAGAACGAUCCGCUGGACGCCGUGCAGCGCCUUUUGCUCAUCCAACUGGUGUGCAGCUACUACGAGGAGAACCAGAUGCACCUGACCCUGCAGAGGAGUCACUUGCUGGAACGCGAGAUACUACAGCUUUUCCCGCAGGAACAACUCAGCUAUUACCGCACGGAGCGGAGGGGCAAGAUCUAUGUGAGAUUCACCAACAUGAAGCGAAGCAAGAGGCUCAGUUCGUCGCGCCAGGAACUCAAACGACGCCGUUCCGAGCUCAUAAGAGCGAUUCCCACGGUUCAAGGACACGAUCCUAGUGCUAGUGUGUCCUUCGCCGGCGACCAAAUCUCCAGUCCCGAUCGCUCCGAUUGAGCUGGCUUGUUAUGCAGUUGGCAGCUCAACCCAAAGCCUAAAUGCAAUGCUAAUCUUAAGUCCAACUAGCUACUCGAUGUGUAAUUUCUUGACUUAAUUGUAUAUGAACCGACCAUUUAUAGGGUAUUUUGCGGGUCGACGCGAUCCGCCGACUGACGAAACUAAAUCGAAACUGAAUUUUGGUUA